CUUGCUCCAAGACUUAUAACUUGGCGCACCGCACUCCCGACCACACCCCACAUCCACUUUCCCCGUCUGGCUUUCUUCUCGGCGGAGGCGGAGGCGACAGGAAGGCGAACGACGAACCCUAGCCGCGCAAGGAACGCCCAGAUCCCCAAGGCCGGCCACGAUGGCGGCGGUUCGGUGCGCGGCGAGGAGGCUCGGUGGCUCCCUGCUCCAGCAAACGCAGGCGGUGGUCGCGGAGGAGGGACGCCUGCUCGCGCCAGGCAGGCUCAUGCGCUCCCGCCAGCUCUCCAGCCAGGUCUCCGGCGAGCGAUCACAGGUGGCGGAGCGACGACUCCUCGAGCCAGGCUGGCUCAUGCGUUCCCGCCAGCUCUACAGCAAGACCCCCAAGAAGAAGAAGCUGUCUGCCUUGGAAUCUGAGUUCCUGUGGACACAGGAGACGCUUAAUGCCUCGUGUGAUAGGUUGGAGGAGCUUCAAAAGAAAGCAGCACCAGAUGCCUUUAAGUUGGGCGUGAAGACCUAUGGACGUGUGGCUAAGGGUGUGGUCAGUGGAGCUGCCAAGCUGACAUUUUGCUUCUGUAUGGUUACUUCUGUUAUUUUUGGUGACAAGGGGGUACAAAGCCAGGCUGUUACCAAUGAAAACCAUUGAAGACGAGAUGGAAAAAUGAGAACCAAAGAUGGCGCGUGUUUUAAGUUAUAAAUUAUGACCUCUGCAGUUUGGCUAGCUAGCAGUCUAGCACUAUGCUAUGAUAUUGUGUGACAUUAGCAUGUUAUUAUAUCUCUUCGAGUAGAUUAUGCAUGAAAUUGUAGCUUGAUGCGAACAUACUUGCAAAGCUUGUAUCGUCAUUGGCAUGCAUUGUAGUGAUUGCAAUCAACUUAGAAGUUACUCA